UUCUAUGGGCACCAAACGAACUUAGCUUGAUCGUUUUAACAUUAAUUUUUGCUGCCCGUUCUACAGUUUCUCUAUCUUCGAGUGUGAAGUGUGAAAAGGAAAAAGUUGUUUAUUUUUUUUGUGGUGAUUGUGAUCAAGUGACCGAUCGCUGGCCAGUUCAAGGAAGACCUGAAUUCGGACCCACAGCAGAGCCGAUCAUGGAUCCGCCGCUAUCGACAGAGGAGUCGUCGUCGUCGUCAUCAGCGCAAACCGAUCAGCCGUCUUCAGUGGAGCUGUUUAGCAGCACAGCAUUUGCCACACCACGAUUGAGGCCGACUGAAGAUGACGGGAAGUAUGUCCUGAAAGGAAAGCGCUUGGGACGGGGUGAAGUUCAGACUGGACUUACGCACGAAUGUGGUGUAUUUGGGGCCAUAGCGACAGGCGAUUGGCCGACACAGAUCGACAUAUCGCAAGUAAUCUGUUUGGGUUUGGUGGCCCUGCAGCAUCGAGGUCAGGAAUCGGCUGGUAUUGUGACCAGCGAAGGCAACUGCGCCAAGAAUUUCAACGUCCACAAGGGAAUGGGAAUGAUCAACAAUAUCUUCACGGAUGAUUCAAUGAAAAAGUUGAAGGGUAAUUUGGGAAUUGGUCACACGAGGUACUCAACGUCGGCAGCGUCCGAGGAAGUCAACUGCCAGCCGUUCGUAGUCCAUACGGCCCACGGGGCACUGGCUGUGGCACACAAUGGCGAGCUCGUCAAUUGCGAGAGCUUGCGAAGGGAUGUCCUGUCGCGAGGUGUCGGCCUCUCCACGCACUCGGACUCCGAGCUGAUCACACAGGCCUUGUGCCUGAAUCCCCCGAAGGGGGAGGACGACGGUCCAGAUUGGCCCGCUCGUAUCAGACACCUGAUGCAGCUGGCUCCGCUUUCCUACUCGCUGGUUAUUAUGUUGAAGGAUAAGAUCUACGGAGUAAGAGAUCCCUACGGGAAUAGGCCGCUGUGCAUCGGGAAGAUUGUCCCGCUGACCGUGGGAGCGUACAGAACUGAGAAAGUAGAGAAGCUACCAGCCGAAGGCUGGGUCAUAUCGAGUGAGAGCUGCGGCUUCCUUUCCAUUGGAGCUCGCUACGUUCGGGAAGUGCUACCAGGUGAGAUCGUCGAGUUGACUCGGCACGGAAUUAAAACCAUCGACGUGGUGGAGUGUCCGGAAAAUCGCAAGCACGCCUUCUGCAUUUUCGAGUACGUUUACUUCGCCCGAUCGGAUUCGAUAUUCGAGGGUCAGAUGGUCUAUUCGGUGCGGCUGCAGUGCGGCCGCCAGCUGGCACGGGAAGCUUUCGUCGAUGCUGACAUCGUUAGCUCGGUUCCCGAAUCGGGAACGGCCGCUGCCCACGGUUACGCCAGAGAGACGGGUCUCCAUUUUGCGGAGGUACUUUGCAAGAACCGCUACGUGGGCCGUACCUUCAUCCAACCGUCGACGCGUCUGCGUCAGCUGGGGGUGGCGAAGAAGUUCGGUGCCCUGUCGGAGAACGUUCACGGCAAGCGGUUGGUGCUGAUCGAUGAUUCGAUCGUGCGCGGUAACACCAUCGGACCGAUCAUCAAGUUGCUGCGCGACGCUGGUGCCGUUGAAGUGCACAUCCGUAUCGCCAGUCCUCCGCUGCAGUAUCCGUGCUACAUGGGAAUCAACAUUCCGACGCGGGAGGAGCUGAUCGCCAACAAGCUUAAUCCGGAGGAUCUGGCUAAGUACGUCGGUGCGGACAGUUUGGCCUAUUUGAGCGUAGAGGGACUACAGAAAGCGGUCCAGCUGAACAUGGACAAGAGCAAUUCGCAAAGUAUGGGACACUGUACGGCUUGUUUGACCGGGGAUUAUCCGGGCGGAUUGCCGGAAGACUUGGAGUGGUGAGACGAGCUAUGAUUGAGUUAUAAUUCGAUUCGAUGAUGAUUUUAAAAGUAUGAGGCCGAAGAAAUAAACUAUUAAAAAACUGAUUUUUUAA